AUGGAAAAUACAAAUGUCACCACAGGAAUAAAUUUCAUUCUUCUAGGACUCUUUAACUACACAGAGACCCAUCUGUUCCUCUUUUCCAUGGUGCUCAUGACUUUCCUCACCUCUCUGAUGGGCAAUGCCUUCAUGAUCAUGCUCAUCUAUGUGGAUCCUCGGCUUCACACACCUAUGUACUUUCUGCUUAGCCAGCUCUCCCUCAUGGACAUGAUGCUGGUUCUCACUAUUGUCCCCAAAAUGGCAGCCAGUUACCUGAGGCACACCAGGUCCAUCUCUCCCACUGGCUGUGGUGCCCAGAUUGUCCUGCUUCUUACUCUGGGAGGGGGCGAGUGCUUCCUCUUAGCCGCCAUGGCCUAUGACCGCUACGUGGCCAUAUGUCACCCUUUGAGAUACCCGAUCCUCAUGAAGCAGAAGCUCUGCUUGCAUAUGACAGCAGGCUCCUGGCUUUUGGGAGGAGUGGAUGGGCUGAUGCAGGCUGGUGCCACCCUGAGCUUCCCUUACUGCCACUCUCGAGAAAUCAACCACUUCUUUUGUGAAGCGCCAUCACUUGUUCGCCUUACCUGUGCAAACACCAUGAUUUUUGAAUUCUUCAUGUAUGUAUGCUGCAUUCUGAUGCUCUUAAUCCCACUGUCUCUCAUUUUGGCUUCCUAUAGUCUCAUCCUGGCUGCUGUGUUUCAUAUGAAGUCCACUGAAGCCAGGAAGAAGGCCUUUGCAACCUGUUCUUCCCACUUGGCUGUCGUGGGGCUCUUCUAUGGCACUAGCAUGUUUAUCUACAUGCGGCCCAAAUCUUACCAUUCAGUGGGCCAUGACAAGGUGGUCUCUGCCUUUUACACAAUUUUAACACCUAUGUUGAACCCCCUUAUAUACAGUGUAAGGAAUAUAGAAGUCAAGGAGGCUUGUAGAAAGUGGCUGGAGAAACAUUUUAAGUCAUCUACAUAG